UCCCGGUACUGCUCCCGGUGCCCGUUCCUCUCCUGCUGCCGGUGCUGGUGCCGAGGAUGUGGCUGUGGCUGCUGGCGGGACUGGCAGGGCUGUGGCUGCUGCGGCGCUGGCACCGCGAGCGGCAGACGGUGGCCAGGCUGUCGGACAAGUUCGUGCUCAUCACCGGCUGCGACAGCGGCUUCGGCAACCUGCUGGCCCGGCAGCUGGACGCGCGGGGGCUGCCGGUGCUGGCCGCCUGCCUGAGCGAGGCCGGCGCUGCGCGGCUGCGGGCGGACGCCUCCUCCCGCCUGCAAACCGUCCUGCUGGACGUCACCUCCAGCCAGAGCAUCGCCGCCGCCGCCGCCUGGGUGCGGGAGCGAGUGGGCAGCCAAGGGCUCUGGGGGCUGGUGAACAACGCUGGGGUCGCUGCGCCCACCGGCCCUAAUGAGUGGCUGACCAAGGAGGACUUUGCCAAGGUGCUGGAUAUCAACCUGCUGGGCCUCAUCGAGGUGACACUGAGCCUCCUGCCCCUGCUGCGCCGGGCACGGGGCAGGGUGGUCAAUGUGGCCAGCGUGAUGGGGAGGCUCUCCUUUUUUGGUGGGGGUUACUGCAUCUCCAAGUACGGUGUGGAAGCCUUCUCUGACAGCCUCAGGCUGGAGAUGAGGCACUUUGGGGUGAAGGUCAGCAUCAUCGAGCCAGGCUUCUUCAGUACAGCCAUCACCCACUUCGACACCCACAGCAAGCACCUCCUGUCCUGCUGGGAACGUCUGCCCCAGGAGACCAAAGCUGCUUAUGGGGACAGCUACAUGGAGGACCUUUUCGUCUCAAUGAGGACCACGCAGAAGAGAUGCAGCCCGAAGCUGUCAGUGGUGACAGACUGCAUGGAGCAUGCCCUGACCAGCUGCCACCCCCGUGCCCGCUACUCGGCGGGCUGGGAUGCCAAGCUGUUCUACAUCCCCCUCAGCUACCUGCCCUCAGCCUUCACAGACCUCAUCUUCGGCUGGCUCUACCCAAAACCUGCCUUGAAAGCCUAAGGCAGGGGCAUGGCAUCAGCAGCUGAGAGCCAUGGAAUGGGAAUGGUUCUGGUGGAGAAGCCUUCUGAGAUGUGCCAGCCCAGCUGUGACCCAGCAGCACCAUGGCCACUAAAUCAUGUCCCCAAGUGCCAUGUCUGCCCAUUUCUUGAGUGGUGACUGCAGCACCUCCCUGGGCAGACAGGUCCAGUGUUUGGCCCUCUUGCAGGGCAGAAAUUGUUCCACGUGUCCAAACUAACCCAGCCCUGGCAUUUCCUCUUGUCCUGUCUCCUGUUCCUUGGCAGUAGAGUCCAACCCCCACCCUGCUCCAGCCUCCUCUAAGGCAGCUACACAGAGACAGGAGAUCUCCCCUCAGCCUCCUCUUCUCCAGACUGUCCACCCCCAGCUCCCUCAGCUCUUCCUCCCCAGCCCUGUUCUCCAGGGCUUGCUCUUCUCUGGGCCUGCUCCAGCUCCUCAAUGUCCUCCAUGGACUGAGGAACCCAAAACCAGCUGCAGUAUCCAGCAGCAGCCAGGGCCCACCCAUUCAGGGUGGGAUGGGCAUUGCCCACAGGCAGGGCCAUGCCAGUGGGUUCAUGGUGGUGUAAGUCAGUGCAGCUCUCACUGCUCCCUGGUCACAGUCCAGUUUGCUUCUCAAUAAACAGAGUUCUG